UCCCGCCGCGACGGGCAGGAGGUGACACAUCAGCAGCUGGACACGCGAGGGGAAGGGGCAGGAUGAACCGGGCCAAGCCCACCACCGUCCGGAGGCCCAGCGCCGCGGCCAAGCCUUCAGGGCACCCUCCCCCAGGAGACUUCAUUGCCCUGGGCUCAAAGGGUCAGGCUAAUGAGUCGAAAACGGCGUCCACCUUGCUGAAGCCAGCUCCUUCCGGCCUGCCUUCGGAGCGCAAGCGGGAUGCUGCGGCUGCUUUGUCUGGUGCCUCCGCUCUGACUGGCCUCACCAAACGCCCCAAACUCUCCUCCACACCCCCUCUGAGUGCCCUGGGGCGCCUGGCCGAGGCUGCAGUGGCAGAAAAACGAGCCAUUUCUCCCUCGAUUAAAGAACCAUCUGUGGUACCUAUUGAAGUCCUGCCCACAGUGUUGUUGGACGAGAUAGAGGCUGCCGAGCUGGAGGGGAAUGACGACAGGAUUGAGGGGGUGCUGUGCGGGGCCGUGAAGCAGCUGAAAGUCACCCGGGCCAAGCCGGACAGCACCCUGUACCUGAGCCUGAUGUACCUGGCCAAGAUCAAGCCCAACAUCUUUGCCACAGAGGGCGUCAUCGAGGCUCUGUGCAGUCUCCUGCGGCGGGACGCCUCCAUCAACUUCAAGGCCAAGGGGAACAGCCUGGUGUCCGUGCUGGCCUGUAACCUCCUCAUGGCCGCAUACGAGGAGGAUGAAAACUGGCCCGAGAUCUUUGUCAAGGUAUAUAUCGAAGACUCGCUGGGGGAGCGGGUCUGGGUGGACAGCCUGCACUGCAGGACCUUUGUGGACAACAUCCAGACGGCGUUUAACACCAAGAUGCCCCCCAAGAGCAUGCUGCUGCAGGGGGAGGUGGGACGCGGUGGUGGGGACCUCAGCUCUGGGAGCAGCCCACACCCCUCGCUCACAGAGGAGGAAGACAGCCAGUCGGAGCUGCUGAUUGCUGAGGAGAAGCUGAGCCCCGAGCAGGAGGGCCAGCUGAUGCCCAGGUACGAUGACCUGGCAGAGAGCGUGGAAGAGUAUGUUCUUGACAUGCUCCGAGACCAGCUCAACCGCCGUCAGCCCAUCGACAACGUCUCCAGGAACCUCCUGCGGCUUCUCACCUCCACCUGUGGCUACAAGGAGGUGCGGCUGAUGACAGUGCAGAAGCUGGAGAUGUGGCUGCAGAACCCCAAGCUGACCAGGCCAGCCCAGGACCUGCUGAUGUCUGUCUGCAUGAACUGCAACACGCACGGUUCUGAGGACAUGGACGUCAUCUCCCACCUGAUCAAAAUUCGACUCAAGCCCAAAGUUCUCCUCAACCACUACAUGCUCUGUGUCAGGGAGCUGCUGAACGCUCACAAGGACAACCUGGGCACCACCAUCAAGUUUGUGAUUUUCAACGAACUUUCCAACGCCCGGAACCCAAACAACAUGCAGAUCCUGUACACCGUGCUGCAGCACAGCUCAGAGCUGGCGCCUAAGUUUCUGGCCAUGGUGUUCCAGGACCUGCUGACCAACAAGGACGAUUACCUCCGGGCCUCGCGGGCCCUGCUUCGUGAAAUCAUCAAGCAGACGAAGCAUGAGAUCAACUUCCAGGCCUUCUGCCUCGGGCUCAUGCAGGAGCGCAAGGAGCCCCAGUACCUGGACAUGGAGUUCAAGGAGCGGUUUGUGGUUCACAUAACGGAUGUGCUGGCCGUGUCCAUGAUGCUGGGCAUCACGGCUCAGGUGAAGGAGGCUGGCGUUGCCUGGGACAAAGGAGAGAAGCGGAACCUUGAGGUGCUGCGUUCAUUCCAGAACCAGAUUGCCGCUAUCCAGCGGGAUGCUGUCUGGUGGCUUCACACCGUCGUCCCUUCCAUCAGCAAGCUCGCCCCCAAGGACUACGUGCACUGCCUCCACAAGGUGCUGUUCACAGAGCAGCCAGAGACCUACUACAAGUGGGACAACUGGCCUCCCGAGAGUGACCGCAACUUCUUCCUGCGCCUCUGCUCAGAGGUGCCCAUCCUAGAGGACACCCUGAUGCGUAUCCUGGUCAUUGGGCUGUCCCGUGAGCUGCCGCUCGGCCCUGCGGAUGCCAUGGAACUUGCUGACCACUUGGUGAAGCGAGCCGCGGCCGUGCAGGCGGAUGAUGUGGAAGUGCUGAAGGUGGAGAGAAUCCAGCUGAUCGACGCAGUGUUGAACUUGUGCACCUACCACCAUCCCGAGAACAUCCAGCUCCCGCCCGGGUAUCAGCCCCCAAACCUCGCCAUCUCCACCCUGUACUGGAAGGCCUGGCCACUCCUGCUGGUCGUCGCUGCCUUCAACCCCGAGAACAUCGGCCUGGCCGCCUGGGAGGAGUACCCGACCCUCAAGAUGCUCAUGGAAAUGGUGAUGACCAACAAUUACUCCUACCCGCCGUGCACCCUGACGGACGAGGAGACCCGCACAGAGAUGAUUAAUCGGGAACUGCAGAUCUCCCAGCGGGAGAAGCAGGAGAUCCUGGCCUUCGAGGGGCACCUGGCAGCUGCGUCCACCAAGCAGACCAUCACCGAGAGCAGCAGCCUCCUCCUGUCCCAGCUCACCAGCCUGGACCCCCAAGGGCCCCCGCGGAGGCCCCCCCCUCACGUCCUGGAUCAGGUGAAAGGCCUCAACCAGUCCCUCCGCCUCGGGCACCUGCUGUGUCGGAGUCGCAGCCCCGACUUUCUCCUCAACAUCAUCCAGAGGCAGGCCUCCUCGCAGUCCAUGCCCUGGCUGGCCGACCUGGUACAGUCCAGCGAGGGCUCCCUGGACGUGCUGCCCGUGCAGUGCCUGUGUGAGUUCCUGCUGCACGACGCCGCUGAUGACGCCGCCGCUGCCUCUGGGGAGGAGGAGGACGAGGGCGAAAGCAGAGAGCAAAAGGCCAAGAAGCGGCAGAGACAGCAGAAGCAGCGGCAGCUGCUGGGCCGCCUGCAGGACCUGCUGCUGGGCCCGAAGGCUGACGAGCAGACCACGUGCGAGGUGCUCGACUACUUCCUGCGGCGCCUUGGCUCCUCCCAGGUGGCCUCCAGGGUGCUGGCCAUGAAGGGUCUGUCGCUGGUGCUGUCGGAGGGCAGCCUGCGGGACGGAGAGGAGAGGGAGCACCCCAUGGAGGAAGAUUCGGGAGAUGCAGACCUGCUGCAGGGCUACCAGUGGCUGCUGCGGGACCUGCCCAGGCUGCCGCUGUUUGACAGCGUCCGGAGCACCACCGCCCUGGCGCUGCAGCAGGCCAUCCACAUGGAGACUGACCCGCAGACCAUCAGCGCAUACCUGGUGUACCUGUCACAGCACACGCCGGUGGAGGAGCAAGGCCAGCACAGCGACCUGGCUCUGGACGUGGCGCGGCUGGUCGUGGAGCGCUCCACCAUCAUGUCCCAUCUCUUCUCGAAGCUCUCCUCCAGUGCCGCGUCGGACGCUGUGCUGGGCGCCCUGCUGUCCAUCUUCUCACGCUACGUAAGGCGCAUGCGCCAGAGCAAGGAGGGCGAGGAGGUCUACAGCUGGUCGGAGUCUCAGGACCAGGUGUUCCUGCGCUGGACCAGUGGGGAGACGGCCACCAUGCACAUCCUCGUGGUCCACGCCAUGGUCAUCCUGCUGACACUCGGCCCACCCCGAACCGGUGAUGGUGAGUUCCAGGCACUGCUGGACAUCUGGUUCCCGGAGAAGAAGCCCCUGCCCACCGCCUUUCUGGUGGACACGUCCGAGGAGGCACUGUUGCUGCCUGACUGGCUGAAGCUGCGCAUGAUCCGCUCAGAGGUCCCUCGCCUGGUGGACGCGGCUCUGCAGGACCUGGAGCCGCAGCAGCUGCUGCUGUUUGUGCAAUCUUUCGGCAUCCCCGUGUCCAGCAUGAGUAAGCUCCUCCAGUACCUGGACCAGGCGGUGGCCCACGACCCCCAGACCCUGGAGCAGAACAUCAUGGACAAGAAUUACAUGGCUCACCUGGUUGAGGUCCAGCACGAGAGAGGUGCCUCUGGUGGCCAGACGUUCCACUCCCUGCUCACAGCCUCCCUGGCCCCCCGGCGAGACAGUACAGAGGCACCGAAACCAAAGAGCAGCCCGGAGCAGCCGCCAGGCCAGGGGAGGGCCCGUGCAGGGACACAGAUCCGGGUGCUUGGCCCUGAGGAUGACCUGGCCGGCUUGUUCCUACAGAUCUUCCCACUCAGCCCAGACCCACGCUGGCAGAGCUCCGGUCCCCGGCCUGCAGCCCUCGCCCUGCAGCAGGCCCUGGGCCGGGAGCUGGCCCGUGUCCUCCAGGGGGACCCCGAGGUGCCGGGCAUCACGGUGCGCUUCCUGCAGGCCAUGGCCACCCUGCUCAGCUCCCCGCAUGGCGGCGCCCUGGUGCUGUCCAUGCACCGCAGCCACUUCCUCGCCUGCCCGCUGAUGCGUCAGCUCUACCAGUACCAGCGCUGCGUGCCCCAGGACACCGGCUUCUCCUCCCUUUUCCUCAAAGUGCUCAUGCAGAUGCUGCAGUGGCUGGACAGCCCUGCCGUGGAGGACGGGCCCCUCAAGGCCCAGCUCAAGCUGUUUGCCACCCAGUACUCCGCGAGGCGCAGGAUCAGCGACGUGCGAAGCGGGCUCCUGCACCUGGCCGAGGCCCUGACCUUCCGCCGGGACCUGGAGGUGGUCAGCUCUGCCGUCCGGGCUGUCAUUGCCACCCUGAGGUCUGGGGAGAAGUGCAGCGUGGAGCCAGAGCUCCUCAGCAAAGUCCUCCGGGGGCUGAUUGAGGUGAGGUCCCCUCACCUGGAAGAGCUGCUGGCAGCGCUCUGUUCUGCCACCACGGAGGCUGCCUCUCCAUUUCCGGCCUCAAAGCCCAUCAUGGUGGUGAGCUCCCUGCUGCUGCAGGAGGAGGAGCCCCCGGCCCCAGGGAAGCAGGGCACCGACAGCGGCAGCCUGGAAGCCGUGCAGCUGGGACCCUCAUCUGGGCUCCUCGUGGACUGGCUGGAGAUGCUGGACCCUGAGGUGGUCAGUAGCUGCCCUGACCUACAGCAGAGGCUGCUCUUCUCCCGGAGGAAGGGCAAAGGUGCUGCCAGCACCCAGGUGCCAUCAUUCCGCCCCUACCUACUGGCGCUCUUCACGCACCAGUCCAGCUGGUCCACGCUGCACCGGUGCAUCCGCGUCCUGCUGGGCAAGAGCCGGGAGCAGAGAUUUGACCCCUCUGCCUCCCUGGACUUCCUCUGGGCCUGUAUCCAUGUUCCUCGCAUCUGGCAGGGCAGGGACCAGCGCACGCCGCAGAAGCGGCGGGAGGAGCUGGCGCUCCGGGUCCAGGCUCCGGAGCUCAUCAGCCUGGUGGAGCUGAUCCUGGCUGAGGCGGAGACCAGGAGCCAGGAUGGGGAUGCCGCCGCCUGCAGCCUCAUCCAGGCCCGGCUGCCUCUGCUGCUCAGCUGCUGCCGCGGGGACGAUGAAGGUGUCAAGAGAGUCUCCGAGCACCUGACGGGCUGCAUCCAGCAGCGAGGGGACAGCGUGCUGGGCAGACGCUGCCGAGACUUGCUCCUACAGCUCUACCUGCAGCGGCCAGAGCUCCGGGUGCCUGUGCCUGAGGUCCUGCUGCACAGUGAGGCCGCCACUGGCAGCAGCAUCUGCAAGCUGGACGGCCUCAUCCACCGUGUCAUCACCCUCCUUGCGGACACCAGUGACUCCCGCUCGUCCGAGAACCGAGGGGCAGAUGCCAACAUGGCCUGCCGGAAGCUGGCCGUGGCCCACCCCAUCCUGCUGCUCAGACACCUGCCUAUGGUCGCUGCCCUUCUGCACGGCCGCACCCACCUCAACUUCCAGGAGUUCCGGCAGCAGAACCACCUGACCUUCUUCCUGCACGUGCUGGGGCUGCUAGAGCUGCUGCAGCCCCUGGUGUUCCAGGGCGAGCACCAGAGGGCGCUGUGGGACUGUCUGCGCUCCUUCGUGCGCCUGCUGCUGAACUAUAGGAAGUCCUCCCGCCAGCUGGCCGCCUUCAUCAGCAAGUUCGUGCAGUUCAUCCACAAGUACAUCACCUGCAAUGCCCCCGCAGCGGUGUCCUUCCUGCAGAAGCAUGCCGAGCCGCUCCACGACCUGUCCUUUGACAACAGUGACCUGGCGAUGCUGAAGUCCCUCCUUGCAGGGCUCAGCCUUCCCACCAGGGCCAGCAGAGCCGACCGGGGCCUAGAGGAGGAGGGCGAGGACGAGAGCGCAGCCGGCUCCCUGCCCCUGCUCAGCGUGUCCCUCUUCACUCCUCUGACCACGGCCGAGAUGGCCCCCUACAUGAAGAGGCUUUCCCGGGGCCAGACUGUCGAGGACCUGUUGGAGGUUCUGAGCGACAUAGACGAGAUGUCCCGGCGGAGACCUGAGAUCCUGAACUUCUUCUCGACAAGCCUGCAGCGGCUGAUGAGCUCGGCUGAGGAGUCCUGCCGCAACCUGGCCUUCAGCCUGGCCCUGCGCUCCAUCCAGAACAGCCCCAGCAUCGCAGCCGACUUCCUGCCCACGUUCAUGUACUGCCUGGGUAGCCGGGACUUCGAGGUGGUGCAGACGGCCCUCCGGAACCUGCCUGAAUACACCCUUCUCUGCCAAGAGCACGCUGCCGUGCUGCUGCACCGGGCCUUCCUCGUGGGCAUGUACGGCCAGAUGGACCCCAGCGCCCAGAUUUCCGAGGCCCUGAGGAUCCUGCACAUGGAGGCCGUGAUGUGAGCCCGUGAAGCCGACCUGCACAGCAGCCUCGGGCCCCAGCAUGGCGGCUGGCGUGCCCAGGGCCAAGCCCCAGAGGGCCGGUCCUGCUGGUGGUCUCGCCUGGGCUGAGCGGAGGGCGCUGAGCCCUGAGGCUGGGCAGGGCCUGGGACCAGCUGCCCACAUGGGGGGCUCCUCUCUGCUGAGGCCGUGACACCUCUCAGGUCUUGGCCCUGCUGUGAGCAGUGGGGGGACAUGGCCCAGCACAAGGGGAGGCCAGUGUCCCGGCCAAGCAUGGCAAGGGGCUGGUU